UCACUAUCACUACUUCCUAAAAUCCUAUUUGACGAUUCGAAUUAGACCUCCUCCUUACUACAUUUUUGGUUGGUUUGUGUUUGUGGCGUAGAAAUAAUCUCAUCAUAGGUACCACACAACAUUUCCUCAUCUUCAAUUUCAUUAUUACUCUACUUAGCUACCAAAUUUAUUCAAUACAGGAAACUUGUUCAAUCUUUUUCAUUACUACCACACCUUGAAGUACCUACAUAAAUUGAUAGCAAAUAGGUAUUGAUUUUAAUUGUGUUCAUUAGUCUGUGAUAUAGUAUUUUGGUGUUUUCUAUAACUCAAUAAUGUCUAACACCUUCACGUGCAUAACUUGUCAGGUGUUGUUUAAAACACCUGAACUCCAGCGGGAGCACUAUAAGUUGGAUUGGCACCGAUAUAACUUGAAGAGGAAAGUGGCUUCGAUCCCGCCCAUAUCGCUAGAGGAAUUUGAACUUCGGUUGAAGGAGCAUAAGGCACAAGAAGAGAAUGUUAGUAGUGAUGAAUCACAGUACUGCAAGUUUUGUUCAAAGAUGUUUAACACUAGGAAUGCUUACAAUAAUCAUUUGAAUAGUAAGAAGCAUAAGUUUGCUCAAGAAAAUAGUGAUGAAGCUGAAGAGCAUAGUGAUACAGAUAGUUUUGUGAAAGUGGAGGCGAGCCAGACUUCCAAGCAGCCAGGAAAGUUUGUUGUAGUUAACCCUGAUGAUUCUGGAGAUGAGGACAUAGAAACAGAUUCUGAAAUUGAAGAGUUGGAUUCUGACGAGUGGGAAGAAUGCCGCAUCAAAGGCAGUGACUCCCUAAUAAAGCCUCGAGACUGCUUAUUUUGCUCUCACCACAGCAAGAACAUGGUCAAGAAUCUGAAACACAUGUCGGUUGCUCAUUCAUUUUUCAUUCCUGAUAUAGAAUACUGUGUUGAUGUUAAAGGUCUUCUCCUUUAUCUAGGGGAAAAGAUUUCAAGAGCGUACAUGUGCCUUUGGUGUAAUGAAACUGGUAAAACUUUCUACUCUAUGGAAGCAGCCCGGGCUCAUAUGCUGGACAAAGGCCACUGUAAGAUGUUACAUGAGGGUCUAGCUUUGGCAGAAUAUUCCGAUUACUAUGAUUACAGCACUUCUUAUCCUGACAAUAAACCCGAUGAGGGUAUGGAUGUGGAUGAGGAAGUGGAAGGCCCGGCUACAUUGGAGGGCGACGACUUCCAACUGGUGCUACCGUCGGGCGCCACUGUGGGCCACCGAUCGCUUAUGAAAUACUACAAACAGAACCUGCCGCAGACUAGCGCUAUAGUUGAGAAAAGCCGAAGGUUACAUAAAGUCUUAGGAGUGUAUAAAGCGUUGGGCUGGGCGCCUAAAGAGCAAGCAGCUGCGGCCAAGACAGCAAGGGAUAUUCACUUUAUGAAGAGGGCGCAAGCAAAAUGGCAGAUGAAGCUUUCAUUGAAAAACAACAAGUUCCAGAAACAUUAUCGACCACAAGUAAACUUCUAAAUUGUUCUGUUAUUAGUCAAAUUGCAGUUAAACAUGUUUUAUCACACAUUCUUAGUCUAUGUAGAUGGUUGAAAAAAAAAAGUAAAUACCUAUAUUUAAUUAUCCAUUGCCUUGGUAACAACGUUAACUAACUUUCAGAGUAUAAACAAAUAGUAAAAUAUUUACAGAUAAUAUAUUUUUAACACAGCAAUCCAAACUUGUUCAGUGUGAUUUAGGUAUGAGUGUUUGUAUGUAUUGUGAAAGUAAGGUAGAUGAGAAAAUGAAUGUUAGUACUGUAUAUAUAUAUAACCAACUAAUGAAAUGAUAAGUAUCUAUCUCAAUCUGAGUUCUUAAGGAUCCGGACACAUUGGAGCGAUUAAAGCGAGCGGCAUGUGCUUCUUAGUGACAAAAUUUAAAUGUAUUUAUUGAUUUAUGAUACAAUACGUAUUUCAUCAAGCCACCACGCCAUAUUUCGCCGCCUUAGAAAUAGUUACAUUAAAUUUCAGCUCCUUGUAGUUGUUAUUGGACGGGACCUUUAUUUGCUACGGUCUUUUCAUAAACAUAAUGACCCUUUAAGUAACGACUAAUCGACAUAGAUCUUCCUCUUGAACACAUUAUUAUUUGAAGAAAAAAAAAAGUAAACGGUACGAAAAAGUCUUCAUAAAUGUAACUUUCAUAUUGAAUAUUUUUUAAUGCAAAACAAAGUAACGUAUUCAAAAGCGUUUUCUCAUUGUAUACGAGAAUUAAGGAUGUGCUUGUAUAAAUGUCACAGAGUCCAAAAAGUCAGACGCGCCCGUGGGUGCUAUCUGCAUUGCUCUGUGUAAAAUGUAGUGAUAGUGACGCGUGUAUUGUAUGCUGGAGGAAUGCCAUUUAAUGAAAGUUGUAGAAAAAAAAUCACACUUUUGAAAUUAAGGUAUUAGAAUUCUGGUGUUGAGUUUUUAAUAAGUCGAUGCGAACUUUUCAGCGAUUUUUUCGAUUAUUGUGGUUAUAAAUUCGUAAUAUUACAUUUGUAUCAAAUUGUAACACAAUAAACGUUCUAUUGAUUUAAAAAAAUAAACUUCGUUAUAUUUAUCGUCAAAGCAAGUAUCUACAAAUUGAUUUUUGUCAUAAAUAAAUAUACUUGUAUAUGAAAUGAACUACAAGUGAAAUCAUGGUUUGAAUAAAAUGUAAUCUGCCAGCAUAAUGCACCACAAAAAAAAUAAAAAAACUAGAAAUCGUUUUUGCGAAUAAAAAAUAAAAGAAUAUAAAAUAAAAACUCAUUUUUUGUUUUAUUUUAAGUGUAAUAUUUCGCCCCAAGAUCAACUCAAUAGACGGGAUUUAAAUUGAUUUGAAUUGGGUUUAAUUUUACAUUGUGAUUCCGAAAAAUAUAUAAAAAUGUAUAAAAAAAAGAAACUUAAAUCGAUUUUAUUUAUGGUUGGUCAAAGUCACAAAGUAUGGAUGACUGUAAUAAAAAUACCUAACUUCGAUAUCUACUUGUAAGUAUAUUAACCUCUCAGUUGCUGUGGCACAUGUGUGCUCCAACGCGCUAAUCACCUGUGGCGCAGAUGUGCUCCAAGCGACCUGUGAUCGACUUAUUCACGUAUACUU